AUGCUGCAGGUCCUCGAGAAGCCGGCGGAGACUCCGCAGCAUCUGGAGAAGGACCAACGCAAACACCGUCAAUGUCCGUUGGGGAUGGCGCUGCACAACCACCGGGCGCUGCUCCACAGCAACCAAUCCAUCAACCGCCGGCAAGUCAAGCACAGACACCUUCACGUGGCAGCAUCGGAAUUUGCGCAGGGCACUACCGUCCUGAAAGGAGUUACGAUAUCGGUCAGCUCGUCCAUGAUUCAGGGUGCCAAGCUGACCUUCAAGUUCAACUUCAAGCACGUGGUGGGCACACGAGAAAGCGUCGAUACUGUAACCGCCACAAUUCCGAAGGAAGUGUUGCUGCAGUUCAAGAAUCUUAUGGAAUUCAAAGAUUGGCUGGCUGCAAACGCGCAUCCCCCUCUCCUCAGGCAAGGAGCGGCGUUCCAGAUAAUCCGGAUGAGGUUGGUUAGUGCGGAAAAGCAGCGGUUUGAAAUUAAAGGCGAAGAGCAAGCGCUGCAGUGGCUAUAUCAAGUCGCGACAAGAAAAGAGCCAGUUUUGUCGGUGACUGGGGACCUGGAAAGGAACGCCGUUGUUGAGAUUCCCUACGUUGAAAACCUCACUUGGCCCAUGUUGCUCAAGCUGAAGGGCUUAGUCGAUGAGUCGGCAAAGGGACAUACUUCAGUUAGCUCAUUUGCAGGAACAGUACCCGGGAUGAAAACAGAGAAGUUUAGUGUACCCACCUCUUGGUUUGGGUUGUCACCUGAACAACAGUAUGAGCUCUGGCUGAAAGGCCGGCAACCCGGUGCUACUGGAAUCACCCCUGGCCAGCUAAAUCUUUCCGGGCUCUUUGGCCCUGGGUACACUGCUGGAUCCCCCCCACUCUUCUUCUUUGAUCAUGCUGGCCAGCCCUUCGGUGCAAACAAGCAACCUGACAAUCUUUCUCUCUUUGGCACGCGGAUGACGCCUGUGGAAAAAGUUCCUGACUACGUGGCUGGACAAUUUUCUCCAGCGUUACUUGCAAAGAUUGUUUUUCCUGGAGGCGCUGCUGCUACUCACACAAUUAGCCCACUACGCGAGUGGCACAAAAUGGAAAAAAGAUACCCAGAUUUGCGAGCCACUCUGGCUCCUAAAGAGCCUGAAAAACACGGCGCCCUCUUGAGCUCCAUAUUUAUUUUGGAAACCCCUGAAGGUGUGCAGCCAUGGUGUAUCUUCCAAUACGAAAUUCCCAUCACCAGAAGAAACACAAUUGUGAUCAAGUCUCUCCUGAAAAAGGCACGACAAACUGCGGAGUCGCCCCGAGGGUGCAAUAUUCUUAACGCCAGAGGUUUGCGGUUCGAGACAAUUACAGCGGUAGCCAAUGUAGUUCAGCGCGAACCGGAACUGAAGACAGCGAACAGGCAGCAGCUCAACUUCAAGGGUUCAUCAGCAGAAUGCAAACGUCUAGGCGCCAUAUUUACAGAGGCCCACAAGAGAGGCGAACCUCUCGCCCUAUACUUUAGCGCAACGCACUUACUGAAGGGCAGUGUAGAAAUACCGAGGUUUGACAAGGCAGGUCGGGAAAGAAAGCCCAGUAUCAAAACGGUAACGUCCAGGGUGAAAAUGAACGAGACAUACCCAGAGUUGCUGUCUGACUUCCAAAAGCCAUUCUUGAAGUACAAAGUGCCAACAAUGGAGUUUCCAUACGUCCAGCACAAAGGCAAGCCAGAGGCAAGCGCUCUGCCGCAUGGAUAUAUCCCAGAGGGAUUUUAUCAUGAAUCACCUGGAAAAGUAAAGGUCAUAUGGCAUCCUCAGUUCCCGAUCCUUGGUGCCCAAGACACAUUUACUGAUGAAAGCGGUCCUCAUAAGGCUGGAGAGACAGUGAACAUCCCCCUGCGCCCGGGAACUGCGGCUCUUACGGGCCCUUUCACUGUUAUCCAACACUGGCUCAGGCAGCAUAUCCCGAACUUACAGCUCCCUAUAGACCUUGAGAGUAUGCCUGCCGAGGACCGAAAUUCUCUUUUCAACAAGAUCAUCAUUGAAGUUGAGGGUGGCGAGAAGGUUAGGCUAAUCGAUAUCCUCAAGCCACUUAUUCACACGCCUAAUUGGAAAGCCUUGAACCCUGCUGAACUCCAACUACCCUACCACCUCUUGACCUUGCCAAUCAAGAAUAUGUUUGUAGAGGGGAACUUAGAAUUCAUUGUCUCCACCCCCCAGGGAGGACAGGAAGCCCACACUGUCCCUAUACGUCCUGGAGAAUCAUGGGGUGAAGCUGCAGACAGUUUCUUCCACAGAUACCCUCAGUUCGACAGAGAAAAAACAAAACUUUCAUUGUUCGACGCUAAUGGAAACCCGGUUGCAGUUCGACCGGAUUCUCCAGUUUAUGUGGGAAUUAAAGAAGCUGUCCAGCAGCGGCGUAAGUGUUGA